AUGGAACCAAAUACUGAUGGUACAGGUACAAGUAAGAACAUCAUGUUGGAUACUAAGAGAUAUGAAUAUUGGAAAGUUCGAAUGACACAACUCAUUAUAGGCCAAGGAGAAGAUGCAUGGACAGCUGUUGAAGAAGGAUGGGAACCUCCGUUUGAUACAACAGAAGAUGAAGUUAAAAUUCCAAAACCUAAGGCCAGAUGGACGAUUGACGAGACGAAUCUGUCAAAAUUCAAUGCAAGAGCCAUGAAUGCCAUUUUCUCUGGUGUGGAUGAAGAUGAGUUCAAACUCAUUCAAGGAUGCAAGUCUGCAAAACAAGCCUGGGAUAUUCUCCAACAAUCUCAUGAAGGAACGUCAAAUGAAACAAUAGUGAAGUUUAGCUCAAAGCUCAGUGCCAUAGCGAAUGAAGCUGAAGUGCUUGGAAAGACCUACAAGGAUCAAAAACUGGUGAAGAAACUGUUGAGGUGUCUUCCAGCCAAAUUUGCUGCUCACAAGGCUGUAAUGAGGGUAGCUGGGAACACUGAGUCAAUGACUUUUGCUGAACUGGUCGGGUUACUAAAAUCUGAAGAAAUGGAAGCUGAUGAAGACAAAGUCAAACCAUCUAAAAGCAUUGCUUUUCAGGCCGAUCAAAAACCUGCUCAGUUUCAAAAAAUCAAAGAUAGCAUGUCCUUGUUGGUCAGAAAUUUUGGUAAAGCCUUAAAAAAGGUUGAGAGAAACAACAACAGAGACACACGGUGUUGGAGUAAUACAGAAGGAGACAAACCAGGUGGUAGAGCAUCAAAACCAGAUGCUGAAUAUUCUGGUAAGAGAAAGGAGAUUCAGUGCUAUGAAUGUGGAGGCUAUGGUCAUAUCAAACCUGAAUGUCCUGUAACCAAACGGAAUGAGUUGAAGUGCUUUGAGUGCAAAGGCAUGGGACACACAAAGUUUGAAUGUCCUAACAAAACCAAGUCAAAGGAGAAAUCCUUGUUGAGCUUCAGUGACUCUGAGUCUGAUGAGGAAGGGGAAGAACUGCUCAACUUUGUUGCCUUCACAGUCAGUGGAGAUAAUGUUCAAACAGGUGAUGGGUCUGAUUCAGAGAGUGACGAAGAAAUCAAUCCCAAGGAGGAAGAAAAAUUAUCCUAUGAAGAUGCAACAGAAAAGGUUAAUCAUAUUCCACUCAAGGCUGAUGAUCAAACAACUGAAGCACUUCUUCAGAAACUAAGCAACCUUCAAGAAGAGUAUUACAAAGAAAAAGGAAGAGCCUUAGUACUUGAAAAGGAGUUGAAUGAGAAACACAAGCAGAUCAGGAUGCUGAACAGUGGAACUAAGGAUCUAAACAAGAUUUUGUCCAUGGGAAGAAUAGAUGCCACACACAGAGGUCUAGGGUAUCAAAGAAAUACUAGAACCUCAAGUGAUCUGACAGUCCAACCUGUGAACUUCGUGAGUGUCAAUCACCUAGAAAAAGAAGCAGAUAUAUCUACUAACUUGAAGAAAGAAAUGUCGGUGAUAACGAGAUCAGAGAAAAGUCAGAAUCAUUCUUUGAAGGAUCAUCACAAGGGGGUCAUAAGGAGAAGAACUUAUGGGUGUGAUCACUGUGGUGGCAAUCAUCAAAGAGAACAUUGUUACAGUUUCAGGAAGAAGAUCAAUCUGUUGUGGAAUCUCAAUAAGUGCUACUUGGAACCAACGAAGUUCUGCUCUGUGUGGAUCUCGAAGAAAGACUUGUACAGUGAUCUGUUUACAGAAAGAUCAAAUUUCAACCUAAUGAAGAUGUAUGAAGAUGAUAAUGAGAUCUACACAAGAUGA